GCUUCCCAAAGAGCAAAGCAUACGUUAUUAAACAUUUGCCAAGGUGUUCAAAGAGCCUUGUGACAGACGCGCCAUCGCCAUCUGAAGCGCGUGGGCAAAGAUGAGCGCUGCUCAAAUUCAGGUACUCCUGUCUAACGCAGAGAGCUUUGCUGGCCUGAUCAGCCAGACGCUCUCUCAAGACAACAGCACCCGCCGAACCGCCGAGGACCUUUACGGACAGCUUAAGCAGCAGCGCCCGGAUGCGUGUGCAAGUAACCUACUGCAGCUUCUGCGCACGUCGGGGGAUGCUCGCGUUAGGUCUACCUGCGCGGUUUACCUUCGUAAGUUCUUCAAGCCCAGUCGCAAGGAAGCUGGCUGGGAGCAACUCAACCGUAGCACCAAGACAGCCGUGAAGCGCGAGCUGCUCGCUGGUCUUGGCUCCGAGCAGGACCGUCCAGCGGCCAAGCAGACGGCGGACGCGGUGGUGGCGCUGGGAGAGCUGCUGCUGGAAGGAGCAGAUGGGGGUAAUAAGGGCUGGUCGGACCUGGUCACCUCGCUCCAGGCCUGGCUCAACCCGCAUACAGCCAUCCCCGCAGUGACGCGCGAGGCGGCUUUGCAGGUUGUCGCCGGUCUGGCUUCUGAAUUGCGGCAGUGGUCGAGCCAGCUGGCGCCCGUCAUUGUGGGUUGUCUGGGACUGCAGCAGGAGCCAGAUGUGCAGGUGGCGGCCCUCAAGGCGGUUGUCGAGUUCUUGCAGGCCUUGCGCAAGCCCCGGGAGCUGCGGCCCUACCAGGCUGCCCUGCCGGCAGCCCUCACUGCCCUCCAGCACGUCCUCGCCGCUGGGCAGAUGUCCGCUGCGGAGGCCAUGUUGACCGAGCUGAUCCGGACUGCGGAGCGCGAGCCCGGGCUGUGGCAGCCUCACAUCACCACCGCUGUCCCCGGCAUGCUGGCCCUGGCGGGCCCCGGCCAGGGUGGCAACCCCCUCCCGGACGAGUUGCGGCGGCCAGCUGCGGAGUUUGUGCUCACGCUGACUGACAUCAAACCGCAAAUGGUGCAGUCCGAGCUGGGUGCGGGUCCGCUCGCCUCCCAGUUGGUGGCCACUGUGGCUCACUUCCUGGCCAGUGGCUUACAAGACGACCCCGCGUGGGCAGAGGAUCCCAUGGCGUCACCGGAUAUGGACGAGGAUGAAUCGCUGGGCGAGCUGCAUCGCUACGGUCUGGAGUGCGCCCUGCGUGCUGCCGACCAGCUGGAUAGCGCCGCGAUGCUGGGGGCGGUGGUGGACAUGACCACUGCCUGGGCCCGCGACAACAGUGACUGGCGGAAGCGCCAUGCGGUGCUCAUGUGCUUGUCGCAAGUAGUGGGCGCGUGCAAGGAGGUCGUAGGGACGGCGGAAUUGGCCUCCCUUGCCGGCUUGCUGGUAGAGGCCCUUCGUGACCCGCACGCCCGCGUCCGCUGGGCAGCCUGUCAAACCGUGGGUAUCCUGAGUGAUGAUUUGGGUCCGGGUUUCCAGCUCCAGGAGGGUGGCGGCGGAUCGGCGGUGCUGAGGGCGCUGACAGAGCUACUGGUGGAGCCGGAUGGACCGUCGUGCCCGCAGCGCGUAAAGGCUCAAGCCUGCCGCGCCGUGGUGGGCUUCCUGGAGGGCUUGGAGGAGGAGGACGGCAAGGAGGAUGAUGAGGCCGAGGUGGAGGCCGAUCAGGCCGCUGCCGCUGCAGCGAAGGCGGCCCGCGUGCAGGCGGUACUGCUUCCAUUUUUGGAGCCGCUGUCGGUUCCUCUGUUGGCGCAGGUGGAGCGAUGUGCCGCCGGGGAGGGCGGAGCGGUGGCGGGUGGCCGAGCGCUGAUACCCACCCCGCUGCAGGAGUUCAGCCUGGAUGUGCUGACCCGCCUGGCGGUGUGCCUCAGGGUAGGUCGUCGUGGUGAGGCGUGGAACGUCGGGCGUCAGGGUCAGGGCAGGGGUGAGAUGGAGGAAUGCGUGGCUAAGACCGCCUUCACCCCUUGCUUUGCCGUGGCAAUGCCGCGUGUGUUGGCCGUCCUGGCACGUGCCGCGCCCUUCCACGGUCCCUCCGCUGUCGCCGCGGGGGCGGUCACCGAGGAGGAGGCCGCAGCCAUUGUGCGCAUCCAGGUCGGUGCCCUGGAGUGUGCCGCCUUCAUGUGCCGGGCCGCCGGUCCCGCUGCCGCCGCCGAGCACGUGCCCACCCUGUCCGCCAUGUUGGGCCUGCUGUGCCGUCCGGACAUCGACUCGUGCAGUCCUCUGCUGGAGCCGCUGUUGGGCGCCCUGGAGCCCUUGGCCUGCUGCCUGGGUCCGGAGGCGAGGCACUUGCUGGGACCUGCACUGCCGCUGCUGGUGCAGUGGGCGGGCAAGGACGUGAACCUCAAGGUGUUUGACGAGAGCGAAAGCGAAGGUGAUGAUGACGACAGCGAAGGCUCGGACCGCGACGAUUCUGACAUCACCAUCCUGUCGUACGCUGACGUGGCGUACCGCUGUACCGGCAGCGUACUACUGGCCAAGUUUACGGCAGUGAGCGCUUUGGAGGAGCUGAUUGACAAGAUGGGCACAGCGCUGGCGCAACAGGUGACGGUGGUGGCCGAUGCGCUGCUGCCGCGACUGCUGGAAUACUACCUGGACGAGGUCCAUGCCAUGGCCCGACGCGCCCUGCCCAAGCUACUUCGCAACUAUCUGCUGGCGGUGGGUCAGGGCACCCUGCCGGCGGGUGACCACAUGGCCAGCCCCGCUGCCGCCCAGGCGCUGCUGCACCGCAUCUGGCAGGCGGUCACUCUGGUCAUCCACCCCGAAGCUGCGCAGUCCGAAGCGGUGGCGCCGCUGCUGCGUCUGCCCGGCGGCACGCAGCGACCCGCACCCACGACCUCCACGCGGGCGGAUAUGGUAGAGGUUCUGACCAAGAUUGUGGAUUGCGUAGAGGGCACCAUGUUGCAACAGAGCUGGGUGGCGGAAGCCUUCGCGGCCCUGCAGGUUGGGUGGGCUGCUGUUGCUGCCGCCCAGCAGGAGGCCAGGGAGGAGGGCUCCGAGGACGAGGAAGAGGAGGAGGACAAGAGCAUGAAUGGCGAUGGCAGUGUCGAUCUGGAGGCGGAGGGCUCAGAUGCAGAUGACGACGAAGACGAGGACGAGGACGAUGGUGCCGAGACCGACGAUGACAGUGAGAGCCACGAACAAGCGCGUGAGCGACUUCGCGCACAGGUUGAGUCCUGUGUGGCGGCCUUCACUCGCAAGUACGGUGAUGCGGUGGCGAGCUUGGCUCAGCAGUUGUUGUCUGGCCAGCAGCUCGAGCAGCAGCGAGAGGCGGUUGUGGCCGUCAGGAACGGAAUGGUGGCAUGAUGGAGAAUGAGGCUGGCGGUUCCAAGAGCUGGAUAGUGGGGGAUGCUGUGUUGUGGGACCCUAGGGGAGAAGAGAGGGUGAAAGCUGACUCGGCGAGAAGUUUUGAUUCGGCGCAGUUUAGGUGGCAGGGAUGCGUUGUGAUCGACAGGAGCUGGAUUAAGUUGACUUAGUAGUUAACAGCUAGCACGGCAGUGCUCGGGACAACACCAGACAAUUAGGACAGUUUGCCCUCCGACUCCACGAGAAACGGGGCACAGGCCUAACCUUGUGAAGGUCUGGGGCCUUUUGCCAAUGGGAGCCUAAUGGCAAAGUCUCCCGUAGCCUUUCCUUUUGGGUUGCUUCUUGCUAGGUGGAUUGUGUUACCUGGUCUGGGUGGGCGUCUGGUGCCCUGGUGUAGUGCACGGCCAGCUGGCUCUGGUCCUCACGAGUCCGGAGCCCACUGUAACGACUACACACAAUUAGGACAAGGUAUUAGCUUGUAUGGCCUCUGCCGUGAGCUCUACCAACUGUAGUGUUACCUAUGUGCAUUGCGCAAUAGCAUUUAAAUUUUGCUUUGUGGCCAUGGCCGUGCCGCGAGUUGGUCAAAGAUAACUUGCGUGACCUGGAUUUUUUAGCCCUAACUUUCCGUGGUCUGUUGGUGCUGUACUGCACUGCACUGCUAGCUUAGUCUUGGCCGCGUGGCUUGACGGGUGCUGGGGAUUAUGUGUCCGAUGGAUAGAAGGGUCAUCGGUGAAGAUGGUGUCUACGUCUUAUCACACAUGGUACAGAAAUAACCGUGUAAGCACGUGCCGUA